AUGAGUUUCCAGGACAUCGAAGCAGGCUACUCCCAUCCUGCCACCACCACGACUUCGUCCGUGCCAAAGUCGAGCGAGGAUGCUGCAUUUCUUUCCCUUCAAUCGUCGCUUUCCUUACAAGUAUUCAAGAUGAACGCCAAUGUACAGGGCAUCCUCAAGCUCGUGGACCAGCUGGGUACAGCGAAGGAUUCUGAUACUCUCCGAAAGAGCUUACAUGAUUUGACGGAGAGCACCCGAGCAAUGGCCAAACGCGGCUCUGAGGACCUCAAGAAACUGGCGGUUCAACAAUCGAGUCUCCCUCAUCAGCGCACGUCGCUCCAGAAGACAUCCCAUGACUUCCAGAUGUCGUUGGCCGCAUUUCAACGGGCGCAGCAAGUUAGCGCUGAACGUCAGAGGACAGUGGUCGAGGGCGUCAGACUAGCAGUCGAAGACGAACACCAACACGAUGAUGAGCAGACCAACUCUCCGGAACAACGCCAAGCUCUGCUACUUCAGAACCAACUAUCCCCCCAUGAACUUGCAUAUCAGGAAUCUCUAAUACAAGAAAGAGAAAAUGACAUUCGGGAGAUUGAGACAGGAAUACACGAGUUGUCGGAAAUAUUCCGCGAUUUGGGCACCCUGGUUGAACAGCAGGGUGGAUUGCUUGACAAUAUUGAAUCCAACAUGUCCUCAAUAGCAGUCGACACCUCACGAGCGUCCGAAGAGCUCACCACAGCGGCGCAGUACCAACGUAAAGCUGCACGGAGAGCUGCUUGUCUUAUGAUUGUGCUUGUCAUCGUAGUGGCGAUCGUCUUAUUAGCUGUAAAUACACAUCCCUUGGUGGCUAACGGAACUGACUGUUGUUUUUAG